AUGGACUAUCCAGUGACACUAAACGAUGACACAAUAUUUGUAAACAUUCUAUCACGACUUCCGAGAAUAUUUAGUGGUCUUGGGAUCGCUUGUAUAUUCUUCGCAAUUUUCUAUCACUUCUAUGGCUCAUAUUCUCCGCUGUUCAUACAACAUUUUCUCCUGUUUGGAAAGUCGAACCCCCAGUAUUGUGAAUAUUUAAAGUAUUCAAGAGUUCCUAAAAGAUGGUUUAAAUAUUUUUACAUGAUUGGUAUAUUCUCUACAUUAUGUAUCCUACUUGUUGAAUUAUUUAUGCUAUCUUCAGUACUCAACAAAACCAUAAUUUCUGUUUUAAUCAUAUAUUUGGUACAUGUUUCACGUCGACUGUAUGAGUGCGAAUACGUUUCCGUAUUCAGUAAUUCUCAAAUGAGUUUCAUGCACUUUUUGAUGGGUAUUGGAUUCUAUAUUGUCGCUCCUAGUUCAAUUUUGCUUUCUCAAAGUAAUGCAGCUGAACGAUCAUAUUUGACUAUUGGCCUAUUUAGUGUACACAUGUUAAUACUCCAGUAUUUGCAGGAUUUGGUUUUCCGACAGUUAGCUGCCUUACGUUCAGGGAAAAAUAAAAACACAGACAAGUUAUCGGAGAAAAAGUAUUAUCCACCCGAAGGGAGCAUGUUUUAUUGGGUAUCGUGCCCGCACUACAUACUUGAAAUAUCAAUCUACUUAUCAUGUCAGUUAUUUAUUACACCUAAAUGGAUACCAUUUUCGCAUAUAUUAUUUUUCACAAUAUGCAAUCAAUUAUGCUGUAUAUGGCUAAAUCAUAAUUGGUAUAAAAAUAAUUUCCCUGAGUGGGCAUCUAAACGUGCUAUGCUGAUUCCUUAUGUAUGGUGA